UAGCGAAUAUAGAAACUGCCACUGGAAACUGCGUAGAGCGCUUGUCGAGUCCCGAAGUCGAUUUGGACUGUGACGUUAUCGAGGAUUUUGAUUCGGGUCCUACUCGCCGAAUAAUCUUGUUUAUCUGGGUUAAAGUCCGAAACAUUUCAUACGUAUGCUGACAUCGACGUGAUUCGGUUGACUCGCUCCAUUAAUUCUUGUUCUUUUGAAAUUAAAGAAAUUUGAAAAAAUUCUCGUUCUCUUGUUUGAACAACGUUGAUCAAUUCGUCAAAUCAUGUCUUUCUGUCAGGUACUUAGUAGGUCAGUGCGUCAAGUAGCACUUAGAUCCUACUCCGCUCAGGCUGCAACUUCAAAUGGCUACAAUUUCCAACUGAAUGAGACACAGCUGGAGAUGCAAGAUCUGGCGAGAAAAUUUACAAAAGAAGAAAUCAUCCCUGUUGCUGCAGAGUACGAUAGAACUGGAAAAUAUCCUUGGGAUAUUGUUAAGAAAGCGUGGAGCUUAGGACUCUUGAACGGACAUAUUCCACAGCACUGCGGAGGAAUGUCAUUAGGUACCUUUGACUCUUGUGUGGUGGGUGAGGAAUUUGCCUAUGGAUGCACUGGUAUAGGCAAUGCUAUUGGAACAACGAAUAUAGGUCAAAUGCCUGUCAUUAUUGCUGGCAAUAAGGAACAACAGAAAAAAUACCUAGGUAGGCUCAUCGAGGAACCGCUCGUUGCUGCAUAUUGCGUAACCGAACCUGGUGCUGGAUCUGAUGUAAGUGGUGUUAGAACUCGAGCAGAAAAAAAGGGAGACGAAUGGAUUUUGAAUGGAACGAAGAUGUGGAUAACGAAUGGUGGUGUAGCAAAUUGGUACUUUGUCUUAGCCCGCACCAAUCCAGACCCUAAAGCCCCGAGUAGUAAAGCAUUCACAGGUUUUAUUGUUGAGAGAGAUUUUAAGGGUGUCUCGCCAGGGCGUAAAGAAAUAAACAUGGGUCAAAGAGCAUCCGAUACCCGUAUGGUGACCUUUGAGGAUGUACGUAUUCCAAAGGAAAAUGUACUGAUCGGAGAAGGUGCAGGUUUCAAAAUCGCCAUGGGAGCAUUUGACAAAACUCGACCACCGGUUGCAUGUGGUGCCGUCGGUCUGGCAAAAAGAUGUCUGGAUGAAGCUACCAAGUACGCGCUUGAACGUAAAGCUUUUGGCGUACCCAUUGCUGAACACCAAGCAGUCGCUUUCAUGUUAGCGGACAUGGCAAUUGGUAUUGAAACAGCUCGGCUGGCAUGGAUGAAAGCUGCGUGGGCAGUUGACAACGGGCAAAACAAUACUCUGUUAGCUAGUAUCGCCAAGUGCCACGCAGCAGAUGUAGCUAAUAAAUGUGCCACAGACGCAGUCCAGAUAUUUGGCGGAUGUGGAUUCAAUACCGAGUAUCCCGUGGAAAAGCUAAUGCGAGAUGCUAAGAUUUAUCAGAUUUACGAAGGUACAGCUCAAAUUCAACGCGUAAUCAUAUCUCGCGCCAUAUUGACGGAAGCUAAACAAGGUGGGCAUUAAGCCGAUCAGUGCAUGCCAUGACCCGAGAUCCCAUUAAGUUAAUUAACGCACGUCAGUUCAGCGGAUUUUUCAGUUUGUCUAUUCAUACAAUGCAAAUGCAACAUAUCAUACGGCAUAUCCAGAAAGUUACGGAUAUUUUUAUACAAUACUUUUACAACGAUCUUGGUAUAAAGAAUAUCAAUUUGUAAAAAUAAUAAAAAGUAUAUUUUAUAUCGUUA